AUGGCUUCGGAAUACCAAGGUGUUUCGCCGAGCUCGGACAUGCUGAACUUGGCUGGUAGUGGUGGAGGUGGAGGUGGAGGUGGAGGUGGUAUGGCACCACCGUCGCUCUUCGGUGGGAGUCAGUCGGGCAGCGAGUAUGGGUUUGGAACCCCGCAGAGUCUGCAUCUGGAUACUGUCAUGCAAGUGAAUGGGCCUCCAGGUGGAAGUAUGAAUAGCUAUCGUUCGGCCCCGGCUGGUGGGAUGCAGAGUUAUGGCAACGCUUUCGAUGGUUCUGCUGUGCUGCCUCCGCUAUCGGCAAAUGGACACAUGGGUGGACGAGGUGGUGGUGGUGGUGGGUAUGGUGAGACUGCGUUACCGGCUCAUCAUCGACAUAGGCUCAGCAUGAGUGAUGGAGGACAUUAUGGUGAGUUGGCCGCGCAUAAUAGUGAGUUGGGGUCCGACACAACCAGCCCAGGCGCACACGGUCGACCAAGUGUAGGCGAUAAUGUCUAUGGCAAUCUCAGCAAUGACACCCUGAGUACACAAGCACCUCUCGGCGACAACACAUCCAGCAACAAACCCACCGACCCCGCCCUCCAACCCUCCUGGAGCGAACUAAAAACCAAAGCAGGCAAAGAGCGGAAACGCCUCCCCCUAGCCUGCAUCGCCUGCCGUCGCAAAAAGAUCCGCUGCUCGGGGGAGAAACCAGCCUGUAAACACUGUCUCCGCUCCCGCAUCCCCUGCGUCUACAAAGUCACCACGCGCAAAGCCGCGCCCCGGACGGAUUAUAUGGCUAUGCUGGAUAAACGGCUCAAGAGGAUGGAGGAUCGGGUGAUUAAAUUCAUACCUAAGGAUGAGCAGAUGGGGACGUUGGCUGCGACGGGGAGGGCGAAUGUUAAGCCGCCGCUUCCUGCUGCUCCUGGGGGGCUGGGAGUGGGAGGGGGUAGAGCCGGGGGGAAGAAGAGAGGGGCGGAGGUGGCGUUUGGGGGGGAGGAGUUGGAUGAGUGGGCUGCGGCGGGGGGCCCUAAGCCGGGUAGUGCGGUUGAGGGGGAGGGAGGGGCAACACGGCGGGGUGGUCAAGGGGAUGGGGGAGAAGAGCAGGCACCACAUGAUGCGGAAGAGCGGAACUUGCUCCUCGAAGGGGCGGAUAAGCUGCCAAGCAAGGAGAUCCAGGAGCAUUUGACUGAGGUCUACUUCGACUAUGUUUAUGGUCAAUCCUACCAUCUUCUGCACAAACCCAGUUUUCUACGCAAACUAGCCCAUGGAAAGAUCCCGCCGGUGCUUAUUCUGGCCGUCUGCGCUAUCAGCGCGCGCUUCUCCAAUCAUCCGGACCUUCGAGGCACGGAACCCGCUUUCCUGCGCGGAGAGCAGUGGGCCGGUCCCGCGAGGGAUAUUGCGUUGAGUCGGUAUGACACGCCUAACAUCACCAUUUUGAUCUCGUACCUCAUACUGGGUUUACAUGAGUUCGGCACGUGUCAGGGGGGUAGGAGCUGGAUGUUGUGUGGCAUGGCGCAACGCAUGGCGUAUGCAUUGCAAUUGCAUAAUGAUCUCGAUCAUGACCCCAAGAUCCGGCGGGGGAGUUCGGAGGCUGCUGGGAAAGGGGCUGGUGGUGGAGGCGGGGAUGGGGAAUUGACGUUCACGGAUCGGGAAAUUAGGCGUCGCACGGUGUGGAGUUGUUUCCUCAUGGACCGCUUCACGUCUUCCGGCUCCGAUCGCCCGAUCUUCGUCGCCGAACAGUAUAUUAAAGCUCAAUUGCCUAUACGGGAAGAUUAUUAUUUGAUGGAGAUCACGGGCCCGACGGAGGAUCUGGCUGGUGCUGUCCCUAACCCCGUGGAGGUGGACACGGGACAAUUGCAGGAUCCGAAGGAUAAUAUGGGCAUCGCCGCCUACCUCGUCCGCCUCGUGUCGAUCUGGGGGAGGGUUAUACAGUAUCUGAACCUGGGCGGGAAGGAUAGGGAUGAGAUGCCCAUGUGGGCGGAAGAUUCGGUAUUUCAGGGCAUGGUGAGGAGUUUGGACGCUUGGGAGGAGAGUUUACCGGACUGGAUGCAGUAUUCGGCUGAGAAUCUGCAGAAUUUCGCCAGUUUGAAGCUGGCGAAUCAGUUUCUGUUCUUGCAUAUUUUGCACCGACAGGUCGUGCUGUUUAUGAAUCGGUUUGCGCUGCCGACGCCUGGACGCCGGUCGGAUUUCCCCCCCGAUAUGCCGGGGGAGUUUGUCCAGGCGAGUUCGCGCAAGGCGCUGGAGGCGGCGAAUAUGAUCUCCGCUCUUAUUCACGAGGCGAUGGAUCAUUUGGUCGUGGCCCCCUUUGCGGGGUAUUGUGCUUUCUUCGCCAGUACGGUCCAUAUCCAUGGUGCUUUUUCCAGGGAUAAGGUGCUAGAGGCGGAGAGUAAGCGGAAUUUGGCGUGGAAUGUGAAGUUUUUGACUAAGAUGAAGAAGUUUUGGGGGAUGUUUCAUUUUGUUACGGAGAAUUUGAGGGAGUUGUAUCGGCGGCAUGCGGAUGCUGCGAGGUCGGGUGGUGGGGGUUCUGCUUCGGCUGUGCAGGUUGGUGGUGGUGGUGGUGCUGCUGCCGGUGCUGCGGUGGCGGGUGGGAAGGACGGUGGAGGGGAGGAGGAUAAGGGCGAGAUCUUCCAGUAUGGAGAUUGGUUUGAUCGGUAUCCGCAUGGUGUCUCGGGCACGGAUUACGAGGAGCCCAGUGCGGAGGUUAAGAGGGAGCCCGGGGCUGAUGGGGUGUUGGGCCAGAAGAGCGAUUUGCAGACUGUCGAAGACUUUUUCGCCAAGUUGAGUCCUCCGAGUAGGGCGGCGGCUGUACAAUCUCAGCAGGGUGGGAGUGGGAGGAGAGGUGGUGGGGCUGCUGGGGCUGCGGCGAAGAAGAGGCGGGCGAGUAAGAGCGAGAAGAGGGCGGCUGCUGAGGCUGCUGCUGCUGCGGUGGUUGCGGGUGAUGUGAAUGUUGGGGCGGCGAGCGUGGCGGCGGGAGGACAGCUGGGAGUAGCGCCCUCGACAGGUGAUCUGCAGGCUUUACAGGCUAUGCAAGCCCAGCAGAACCUCCUAGCCGCUCAGCAGGGCUUCGCUUCCGACGGCGGAACGCUAGAGGCUUUGCAGCGCCAACAGCACUCGAUCGCUUUUCCGCCCGGGUACCAACAACCGCCUAAUCCGCUCCUGGGCAGUCCACCUCAGCAUUUGUUGAGUCAGCUUGAUAGGCAAAUGGUGCUGAAUUCCUACGCAGGAAUCGACCAGAGUGCUGGAAAUGUCUAUCACAUGAACGGCACAAAUCUCCUCGGUUCUGCACAGCAUGCGCCACUUGACCCUUUCAAUCUAGACGCCUUUUCUGGCCUCCCAUCCCACACCACUCACCCCGUGGCCACGGCCUCGAAUCACGGCAAUGGGAAUGGGAAUGUGCCUUCGGCGGGCUCUUGGGGUGACCCUUCGACAGCCUGGUUCAUGCCAUUCAAUAUGGAGCCCCCGACUAUCGGCGACGAUAACAAUCUGUUUGGUGGGGGUGGAGCGGGGAAUUUCGACUGGGGGAUGCUGAAUGGCUUUGGGGAGAUGGGGGGGUUGGCGCCUACUGGCUUGACGCCGCAGGGUGGGGGGAUUGUGGGGGAGGUGGAUGGGGGUGUGGAUGUGGAUGGGAGGGGUGGGGAGGGUGGGUUUGAGGGGUUGUGA